AUGUUGGUGUGGGGCGAACCUGACUACCUUGGGGCUCAAACCAAAGACAACCUAUACCGCCGUUUCUACAGAUGCGAAAUCGCCGUCAAGAGGCAAUCUGAGCACCACCUUUUCAAAUGGAUAGACGAGGCUAUCAUCGACGAGAUUAGCAUUGUUGAUACAAAAAUCAGCCAGCUUCAGGCUGAUUUCCAAUCUUUCAAGAGGACAACAACUCUGCGUCUUCAGGAACGUGGCAAGAAGAUCGAUGAGUCCUUCCUGGAGAUGAAAAGGAUUUUUCAUGACCAAACUAUCCUCCUUGAUGAAUUAAUGAACAAAUCAACUUUAGUUCUUGAGGCUAAAUCACAGUCCCUGCUCCUCAACAUUGUUGCUGCUGCCAUUGUUCUAGGUACCAUGGCAUGGUUGUAUGAAAAAAUAACCGUGGGUUGA